CUCAUUACCAUACCUCUGCGCCGCUUUUUCGCCCCUGAUUCCAUCCUUCUUUUCCUAAUUUGUGACAGUAAGGGACGGAAAGAGGCCAGAGGGGAAAAGGGUAGCACACACCGUGCUCACAUAUCCCACCAUACUCAACACCCCUCUCGUGCAGGUUCCGUCAGUAUUUACAUACACCUCCUUCGCUCCCAUUAGAAAUACGCCCCGUCAAUUCGUCCAGGCCAUCGUUCUAUUGCUGAUUCCAACACUCACGUCUUUCUACCCCCCUCAUAUAUCUGUUGACCUCCCUUGCAUUGGUUUUGAUUUCAUUGCAAAAAGGGUAGUGAAGGGGAGAGGGUUGAUCUCACUUGACUGUUGUGAAGAAAAAAAAAAAAGAAAACAGGCGGAACAAGAAAAGAGGGUUCGAUAACAUAUCGGUAGUGGGGAAUUCCUGUAAUAUCAUAGUGUUUUUUUGUACGAUACCUUUGACUAUCUCAGUGGAAAAAGGAAAGAAGGGAAGAAAGCAGCGUCACAAUUUACCUCCAAAAAACUCCCUCUCGCUGAAUGCCACAAACCCCGCCGCCCACGAGUACCGACAACAAUCGAGAGCAGCUGGGCCUAAACUACCCGGACGCUCGCCACUAUCAACCGCUCCCCGAUUCCCCCGACUCUCCACCGACCCCGCCACCACAGUCGGAGGCCAGGAAGCAACAACGACACCAACAAUCACAAUCAAACUUACUCGGCCACUCGACUAAUCUGCACUCUUCUCCGGCCCACAAACAGGGCCCUGUAAGAGAACGGGUGGGAUCUGUAAGGGUCGAAGGCUCGGAAGUGCCACUACUUGUAUCAUCUGUGACAGGGGGAGCUUUCGUUGCGGAGGAUCCAACACACUCUGGUUCUGACCUGCUCGUUCCCGAAGACGGCGACGACCACUCGCGAACAUACACACGAGCCGCAUCAGCUGUUGCAACAGCCUCCACCUCUGCCACAACUACAACCGUUACAACACCUUACGCUUGCCCACCCAUUAUUCCGGAUCCACUUGGGGAAGACGGAGAGGAUAACGACGAAUUCUACAAUCUUGCGGCCCUAAGAAGCGCUGGUCUCUACCGAAGAAGCGGAGCUCUUGAUAAACAAGGAAGAGGUCAAGUUCCCACUGGUCUUGUGCGCCGGGAAAUUGGAAUUGUGAAGAGAGACGAGUUUAGAGACUACUUUAGAAGGGACGGAGAUAAUAGUUCUUCUGCUGCCCUUGGUAGUGGAAGACUGAAGAACGUCGAGUUGGCGGGAAGAUACGCCCAAACACGUUCCCCUCCCCAACAUCCUACCUCUACCACUCUUCAAGCCUCUCCGGUUCAUUCGCACUCGUCGGGCCAAUCUGCGUCUGAAGAGGAAGAAAUUUCGGAAGUAGAGGAAGAGGAAGAGGAAGAGGAAGAGGAAGACGAUAUGGAGGAGGAAGAGUCCUGGAUCGGCAACUUUUGUUCCAUGCUAGGACAUGAAUACUUUGCUGAGGUCACAGAGGAUUUCAUUGAGGAUGAUUUCAAUUUGACUGGCCUUGGCCAGAUGGUUCCUAUGUAUAAAGAAGCUUUGGAAAUGAUACUCGAUGUGGAGCCUGAAGAUGACUCCGACAUAGCCUCAGAUUUAUCUGUCAUCGAAUCAUCCGCAGAAAUUCUUUAUGGCCUUAUCCAUCAGCGAUUCAUCACGUCCCGUCAAGGAAUUCAGAUGAUGUACGACAAAUAUUUGGCCAAUCACUUUGGUUUUUGUCCACGAGUGUACUGCAUCCAAGCCCGAGUUCUUCCCUGUGGAUAUUCGGACACUCCUGGCGUAGAGACGGUUAAACUUUUCUGUCCAUCGUGCUGCGAUAUCUACGUUCCGCCAAACUCCCGGUUCCAGACGGUUGAUGGUGCUUAUUUCGGAACUACAUUUGCCUCGCUAUUUUUAAUGACUUUCCCAGAGUUGGAUACAUCUGGCAAUGGCCGCAAGGAGGUUUUGUCUGGCACCAGUCUGAAUUCUGUGGGUGGUAAGAAAGGUGUAAGCCAGGCCAGCGCUCCAUCUAUCAACGGAGUAUUGGCUGCAAACCUUGCGCCCGGAUUAGGAAGAGGGAAGCAAUACGAGAUGCGCAUCUAUGGAUUCCGUGUAUCGGAGCGAGCGCGUAGUGGGCCAAGGAUGGGUUGGUUGAGGAGUCGCCCAGAGGACGUAUCUUUGUUGGAUGAAACGGCAAAGUCUGGGGCAACAAUGGACGAGGAAGUUGAAUAUAGUAGCGAGGAGGAAGGGUUGGAGGACAGUGAGGGGGAGGAAGAGAGUGCUGAUGAGGACGAAAUGGCCUUGGGUGGGGACAGCGCUGUUGGUUCUAGGCUGGGGACAUCGAGGCGUGGCGGGAUAACUCCUAUGGAUACAAACGGAACUGGCAUUGCGCGGUGA